AUGCAGCAGCUAAGUCGUCACAGCUUGAUCCUCACAUCGUUUAUUACCAACGUCGUCAAGAAUGCCGUUGGGAGACCUCGACCAGAUCUCAUAUCUCGGUGCAAGCCAGCAGCUACUGCCGCGAGCGAUGUUCUCGUGGAUAUAAGCGUAUGUACGCAAACUAACCAUCAUGUUCUACACGAUGGAUGGAGAAGCUUUCCAUCAGGCCAUUCGUCGUUUGCUUUCGCUGGGCUAGGAUUUCUCACCUUGUUCUUUUGCGGACAAAUGCAUGUCCUUCGCCCGAGGACUGACCUCGGAAGGGCUUUACUCGCUAUCGCACCCUUGCUCGGCGCUGCAUUGAUUGCUAUUAGUCGCUGCGAAGACUACCGGUGCGCCUCUCCAACCCUUGAAGAACGAUGUUUGAAUGGGAUAUCAAGCGCUAACACUCUUAUAAGCCACGACGUAUACGAUGUUACCUGCGGUUCUAUCCUCGGAAUUAGUAUCGCGUACUUCUCUUACAGACGGUAUUUUCCUCGACUCCGCUCACGAAAAUGCGACGAGCCAUUUGCCUCUCGCGAAGCCAUCUUCAAUGAAGGCUUUGCGAAGAUCAAGAAUGACGAAGAAACCGGGCGAGCUACCAGGAUAUUUGAUUUGAGUGAUGUAGAUGACGAGGAUGCAAACUAA